UGGCUCUGAACUACCAGACAGAGGGCCGGAUGAUGCAGCUGAACAGAGCCAAGUUCAUGGUGAACGGUGGCAGUGGCUACGUCCUCAAACCUCCACCCAUGUGUAAAGGCUCGUUCAAUCCAUUCUGUGACGACCCCCUCCCUGCCUACCCCAGGAAACAGCUGGUACUGAAGAUCAUCAGCGGACAGCAGCUUCCCAAACCACCAGACUCUAUGCUGGGGGACCGAGGAGAGAUCAUUGACCCGUUUGUAGAGGUGGAGAUCAUCGGCCUGCCAGUAGACUGCUGCAAGGAGCAGACUCGAGUAGUGGACGACAACGGUUUUAACCCCGUGUGGGAGGAGAACCUGUCCUUUACCCUCCACAUGGCGGAGGUGGCCCUGGUGCGUUUCCUCGUCUGGGACCACGACCCCAUCGGACGGGACUUUGUGGGCCAGAGGACUGUAGCCUUCAGCAGCCUGAUGCCAGGUUAUAGACAUGUGUACUUGGAGGGUUUGACUGAGGCGUCAAUCUUUAUCCACGUAUCAGUUCAUGACAUCUAUGGGAAGUGGAGUCCACUAGUCCUGAACCCCAGCUUUACCAUAAUGCACUUUCUAGGAGCCAACAAGGGUCGUCAGCUGCGAGGCAUCAGAGGCUUGUUCAACAAGCCCUCUAAAUCGUCAGUAGACACCAGCUGUGGUCCGGCCUUCAGGAAACGCUCCAUCAGUGACCACCUCCUCCGACGCACCGCCAGCGCCCCCACCAAGGGACGCAAGAAAACCAAGAUGAAGCUCGCUGAGUCCUCCACCUCCAUAUCGGACCGCAAGGCCUCCAUAUCAGACGGCAAGGACAGAGUGGGGGCCAGGGCAGGGGCUGGGGGGGAGGGGUCCCGGGACAGGGAAAUGGACAGGGAGGGGGUUAUGGUGGAGAGGCGCCCAACAGCCCGCGACAACCUCACCCACAGGCCCAUCUCCAUGCCCCUGGAGAGACUUCUGCAGGCACAGCUCUCCCUCUGCUCCCCCAAUCAGGAGCAGACUGACCUGGGGGCAGACACUCUCCUCGGAACGUCCCCUUUUAACCAGCCCAGGUCCCACUCUGUGGAACUCCUCAUCGAAUCAUCCGCCUCCCUUGAACACAGAGUGUCCACCCCUUCCACCAAUCACAACAACGCACAGGAUAGGACCACAGAGCCUGACCAAUCAGAUGAGACCUCCUACCUGGUCAUUGGCCGAGGAGGAGGAAGUGUAGAUGGUGACUCCAAAGACCAAUCACAGGACAGAGUCAACCCACCCAGCAAAGCUGAGGACGUUUCUUCUCGCCAAAGGAUGUUGUGUCACCUGAGCAGCUCAACAGAGACAGAGAGCAACUGUUUACACGUACCUACUGAGAGCAGACCAGAGACAACAUUACUUAGUACAACAAACAUGCCAGCACCUUCCUCCUCCUCUUCAUCCUCUUCCGUCUCCUCUGUCCCCUCUUCCUCUGUGCCCCCCCUCUCCCCACUGAACGUGGACCGGUGCGAUCUGCAGAGCCCCGUCUCCCUACAGGACAGCAUCAUCUCACGACUCAUUGACGCUGUAUCCCUCGACAACGACACCACCUGCGGGUCUAUCUCCGCUCUGAUUGGCCAGUUUGACCUCACCGCCGACCAGAAUGACCUCACAACGAACUCUGACCCCCACACCCUCAGUGUCAUGUCUUGUCUAUCCUACCCCGCUAUCCAGGACUCCAGCACACCCUAUAAGGUCACCGUAUACUCUACCACCCCAUAUAAAGACUUCCCCCGCAAGGCAAUGAACGGACCUAUCACUCCUCCAAAGGCAAGCCAGACCCAUAACCACGCGAACCAGAACCUACUCUCACCCCACCCCAAGACCUCCCACGCCCCCCUUCUCUUCUCUAGUCCUGAGACCACGGAGCUGGAGGAGGUCUAUACCAUCCUGGAUGAGGAGGUCUUGUCUCCAGUCUCUGUCUACAACCUGAGGGAGCAGACCAUCGGCAACAUCCAGGCUGACUCUGAGGAGAGCACACUCAUGGGCAGCCUGGAGACUUCCCCAGCCAAAGUGCCUCCUCUCCUGGGGGAGGUGGAGGAGACAGGAGAGGGCUACGGGGGUGAGUGUGAUCCUACUGGGCUGGGGUCAGUGGGAGAGUUGGGGUUGUCGUGGGAUUACGGGUGCCCGUCCAUCAAUAGCACGGUGUCUGACCAUUUCCUGUUGUGCCAUGACACGGAAGGAAGUAGUCUGAUGGAGGUGGAGAUUAACGUGGACGAGGAUCCACUGGAGAUGACCCUGACAUUACCGAGACACAACCAUACCUGGGUCGCUACCAGCCCAAACAAACAUAACGCUGCUCCCCAAAGCCAGUUUACCCAACUACACCCCUCUCUCCGGUAUGAACCCCAACUCCAGCUCUCCCAGUGUCCUUCACCCCUCAAACAGCCCUCACACCAGCCCUCCCCUCUCCACACCCAAUCAAUAACCCCUCAAACUCAGCCCUCCCCCUUCAAAAGCCCCCCCAACCCCAGCCCCCUCCUCCUGAACAGCCACCCCUCCACCCACAGCAGGGCUGAGCUCUCCUUUGAGAACAGCAGACACAUUACCAGAGCCUACACCCAGCAGCACAGCUACAGUUGUCCCACCCAGCCCCAGACUAGGGGCUACCAGGGUGGGACAGCGGAAGGACAGGGUCAGGGUGAAGCCUCAACCUACUUCCAGAAUGGGUUCUCCUCCUCAGAGUGUCUGUCUGGUGUGUCUGGUCCAAGGUCUGUUAGCCUCCCCAGAGACAGAGGCCUGGACUCCCCCAGCUCAGACUGUAGUGUGGACUACAGCCAGCGAGACUACGACUGCUUCAGACCCUCCACUGCCUCGGCCUCCCACUACACCCAGCUCCAGCCCUUUCCCCAGGCCCAACCCCAGCCCCAAUCAGACACUCAGACCCAGCCCCAGCCACAACCCCAGCUCCAACCCCGAUCUGGUCCCCCAUCACUGCCCCUUUUGGAUUCCACCCUUGUCCCUCCUCUAUCUAUCCCCAGACCACCCACAGCCCCGAACCCCUGCAAGUCCAAGUCUCUGGGUGACCUGACAUCAGAGGACAUCUCCUGCAACUUCCACAGCAAAUACAACACCAUCAGCCGCAGCUUCAUCACCCCCUGUAUGAGGGAGCGGAGGAGGAUGAGGGGCCUGGGGAGUCUGUCCCAACGGCUGCAGUCUGCAGACCCCCUCACUGAGCAGCUCCGCAAACUAGUCACCCUGGAGGGGGAUGACAGAGACCGGGACAGACCCCAGUCUCCCCAGCUGCCCCAGUUACCUCAGUUACAGAUACCCUCCAAACCCUUCAUACCCCCAUCACGCCCCUACCCCCCCUCAAACUUUGUCCCUGACACCCAGGAGGACUCCCCCCCCCUCCUCUCACGCCGCCUAUCCUCUCGUAGCCAGAGCCGUGUGCGUCACAUCAACAACCGCGCUCGAGAGAGGCAGCAGGAAGCUCUAAAGCCCCGGGAUGUGAGCGCCCCCUCCAGCAUGGGAGGGGUAGUGCUGCGUACUAAAGCAGCAGCAGGUCAGAACCCCCCAGCUAACAGACACUCCACAGGCUCCUACAUAGCGGGCUACCUGGACCAGCUGGAGGAUAGGGGGCUGCCUGAAGGGGCAUGCACCACACUGGGUUACGGAUAUGGAGAUCACUGCGGUGUUCAUUAUCAUGAUGACUCUCUGCUGCCCACAGACUCCUGUUUACAAUCAGAACCGGAGGUCUACUUCCUGCUCAGACUCUGAACUCACUUCCUGGUUAUCACCUACAUAGAAUGAUGUAAAUGUACUUCCAAAACACAGCAAAUCAGCUUCCUGCUUACGACCGAGAAAAAAAAAAUAUAUAUCCUGGUUGGGCUGUCCAAUAAUACUUCCAGAUAUAAAAUCAACUACCUGAUUUGGUCUGACAGUCUUGUCUGUAAAUGUAAAUAUGUUUUUUGAUCUUCUUUUAAGUCCAUGUCCUGAACAGAAUGUUCUAUAAAUGUAGUUUGGAACAGACCGUAAAACUACUUCCUACUUUGAUUGUACCCGUUUCCUGUCCUGUCUGUUCCUGUAAUUCUACUUCCUGUUCAAGCUAACGCCAUCUACUAUAAAGAAGAAAAUAAGGAAACUUUCCAAAUGUGUUUUACUCUGAAGGGAAGUGUUGUCUUGGUCUUUGUACAUUUUAAAUGUGUAUUAGUAUUAUCAGAGGCCCACAGACAUCAGUUCAACGUCUGUUCCACAUUAGUUCAACGUCAUUUCGUUGAAAUUACGUGGAGACAACGUUGAUUCAACCAGUGGGGGGCCACUUUUAAGGGAUGGGAUCUGUUUCAUCAGAGACCUUCCUCAAGUGUUCCUUCUCCUCUGACUGUCCUCUGUGUCUUGGUGUUGUUGGUGCAUAUUCUACUGUACAUUCGUUUUUAAUUGAAGGUGUUGUCAUUUAGUUGAGCUGUUUUCUGCAUGUUAAAUGUCCAGCAUGACUAUGCAUCGAUCUGUAGACAUCACAGUGCACUACUACCUUUGCACAGAAUAGGUCAUAGUGGGUUUGGAUGCAAUACUUUGACUUCUUGCUUGUUCGGACUUCUCGCUUUCUAAGAUUUUAAACACUAUCACAUAUUUUAAACUUUUAGAGUUUAAAUGCUUUUAUUUUGAUGAUUACUUUAAUACAGACUGCAAAAACAGGGGGGGGGGGGGGAUUGGGGCUGGUUAUUACAAUUUUUUUAAAGAGAAAUUGGGAGAAGAACAGAAACACAGACUGGAAUAGAUAGAUAAGGGUUUUCAACCAGACCAAGUUUUUAUUUUCAGAGUUAAACCCGUCCUCUUUUUCUUGCAUUUUACUGAUGUAAUAAAAUUGUGUAACAUUUGA